AUGAACCUCUUCGGCUACCUCAUGAUCUAUCUCGCCAUCACUGGCCGCACCGUACCACCCCGCGUCUGGCUCAUGUGCCUCUUUAUUUGUGUCGGCGCCAACCCCCAAACGUUCGCCAACACCAGCGCCCUUAUCACCUGCGUCAAGAACUUCCCGACAAACCGCGACAUCGUCAUCGGCCUCCUCAAGGGCUUCGUCGGCCUGAGCGGUGCCAUCACCACACAACUCUACUUCGCCUUCCCUAUGAUCCUGACCAACGUCUCCUACUACGACAUUACUCUCGUCUCCAUCAACUCUUCGCCGGCCAUCUGGGCGAUCUCCACCUCGCCGGCGCCACCCUCGUCAACUCCUGGGGCACACCAAGCAUAUGGCACAAUGCUCUACAAAAUGUUGGGAAUAUACCUCCAAUCCUCAAUCAUCAUCUCCAUCUUCUUCUCCAUCUUGGUCUCCGUCUCAUGGUACUUCUCAGAGCCCAUACUCAUUUGGCUUCACCAGGAGCCCCAAGUGGCAAACAUGGCCACCCUCUAUCUCCAGUGCCUGAUCCCAGGCCUCUACGCAUAUGCACUCUCGCAGUGCAUGCUGAGGUUUCUACAUACUCAAACAGUUGUGAUCCCUUUGGUGGUCUGCUCAGUGGUUCCACUUCUUAUCAAUGUAGGCUUGGCUUAUGUGACUGUUCAUGUCUUCGAACUUGGGUUUAAGGGCGCUGCACUCUCUGCAUCUGUUUCAAUCUGA